UGCGCCAUAGACAAAGGUCGGGCGCGCGCACGUCCUUACGCACGCCUCGGUCGGCGGCGGCGGGCGAGCGCGGGCGGGACCGUCAACGGAGGGGCUUGGAGCCCGGCAGCCCGGCAGCCCGGCAGCCCGGCGGCCGCUUUGGCAGCGUGUGAGCAACUUCCUGCCAAGAACGCAGGUCACCGCUGAGAAGGGGGCCUUAGAAGAAGAGUAUCCAGAGGAAGCCAGUUUCAGAGGAAUCACACUCCCCACAGCAACAUGAGACAGUGCACACCCACAUCUGUGUCCGACUGGCGAAGACUGUAGCUCUCCUGGUCAGAGGGUCCUGGAGGCAGCAUGCACCAGGAGCCUCUCUAGAGGAAGAAUGGAGCCACAUAUGAACUCUCUACAAUGAACACGAUUUUCAACUUAGGAAGGAAUUUUAAGUAAAACAGUUAUAUAAUUUCCACAUAAUCAGGUUCAAUAGCCUUCUGUGUGAGGUGCCAGCAGUCACCCCCUCCACAGGAGUUAGCAGGAUUUUUCUGGCACCAGGUCAAUCUCUUCUUGUUUCUUCUGGCAGUGAUAAAUCUUCAGGACAGGUUUAUCUGUUGAAUGCUUUUGGGCAGGAGAAAAAAAAACCAAACCUUCUGGAAGCAGCACAAGAGUAGUCAAGCUGAGAUCCCUCUGGCACCGUGCACCUUUCCAGAGCCCAGCCUGGACUCAGAUGCUCACACCAGAGAUUGAUCCUGCCUCGGCCACCUCUAAAGCCCAUCUGUUCUGGGCGAGCUGGCGUUUCUGGCUGCCUCCUCUGGCCCUCUGCACUGCCAUCCGGCUCCCAGGCUUUCUGUUCAGGCAGUCAGAUGUUGUGACUUUUGGAAUGGAGCUUGUUAUCCUUUGGGAACUCGCUUUCUUUCCCAGGCUGGUGCCGUCUGAGGGGACCGUCUGAAGGCCAUUUUGCUCUUGGGGACGAGGGCAUUGGCCUUACCUGGGUUGUCCACCAUGUUCCUGUUGCUGCCUUUUGACAGCCUGAUUGUCAACCUGCUGGGCAUCUCCCUGACUGUGCUCUUCACCCUCCUUCUUGUUUUCAUCAUAGUCCCUGCCAUUUUUGGAGUCUCCUUUGGCAUCCGAAAGCUCUACAUGAAAACUUUGUUAAAAAUCUUUGCGUGGGCUACCUUGAGAAUGGAGAGAGGAGCCAAGGAGAAGAACCACCAACUGUACAAGCCCUACACCAAUGGAAUCAUUGCAAAAGAUCCCACUUCACUGGAAGAAGAGAUCAAAGAAAUCCGUCGUGGCGGUAGUAGUAAGGCUCUGGACAAAUCCCCGGACUUUGAGCUCUCUGACAUUUUCUACUUCUGCCGCAAAGGAAUGGAGACCAUUAUGGAUGAUGAGGUGACAAAGAGGUUCUCAGCAGAGGAGUUGGAGUCCUGGAACUUGCUGAGCAGAACCAAUUAUAACUUCCAGUAUAUCAGCCUACGGCUCACUGUCUUGUGGGGCUUAGGAGUGCUGAUCCGCUAUUGCUUCCUUCUGCCGCUCAGGAUAGCUCUUGCUUUCACGGGGAUUAGCCUUCUGGUGGUGGGUACAACUGUGGUGGGAUACCUGCCAAAUGGGAGGUUGAAGGAGUUCCUGAGCAAACAUGUUCACCUGAUGUGUUACCGCAUCUGCGUGCGAGCCCUGACAGCCAUCAUUACCUACCAUGACAGGGAAAACAGGCCUAGAAAUGGUGGCAUCUGUGUGGCCAAUCAUACCUCUCCUAUUGACGUCAUCAUUUUGGCCAGUGAUGGCUACUAUGCCAUGGUGGGCCAAGUGCACGGGGGCCUCAUGGGUGUGAUUCAGAGAGCCAUGGUGAAGGCCUGUCCCCACGUCUGGUUCGAGCGGUCGGAAGUGAAAGAUCGCCACCUGGUGGCUAAGAGACUGACUGAGCAUGUGCGGGAUAAAAGCAAGCUGCCCAUCCUCAUCUUCCCAGAGGGAACCUGCAUCAAUAAUACAUCAGUGAUGAUGUUCAAAAAGGGAAGUUUUGAGAUUGGAGCCACAGUUUACCCUGUUGCUAUCAAGUAUGAUCCCCAAUUCGGUGAUGCCUUCUGGAACAGCAGCAAAUACGGAAUGGUGACCUACCUGCUGAGGAUGAUGACCAGCUGGGCCAUUGUCUGCAGCGUGUGGUACCUGCCUCCCAUGACCAGAGAGACUGACGAAGAUGCUGUCCAGUUUGCAAAUAGGGUGAAAUCCGCCAUUGCCAGACAGGGGGGGCUCGUGGACCUGCUGUGGGAUGGUGGUCUGAAGAGGGAGAAGGUGAAGGACACAUUCAAGGAGGAACAGCAGAAGCUCUAUAGCAAGAUGAUCGUCGGCAACCAGGAGGACAGGAGCCGGUCCUGAGCCCGUGUGGUGUGGCUGGAGCCACCCUUUCUGGACCUCAGGGCUCUUCACGCUGCUGUGCAUCCCAGGACCCCAGCCUCCUCAGAGCCACCCCAGGUCCCUGGGCCAGCCGUCAGAAGUGACCGCUGCUGGGCACUGUGCCCAGGACGAGAUGCCUUCUUGUUUCUUGUAUGACAUGUCUGCUGGAGGAAUACCAUUAAAGUCAGCUCUCCACUUGGGCGGGUGUGGGGCUGAGUGUGGGGAAGGUUGGCCCUACUCUGUGCUCUGAUGUUAGGAGGUUAGUCUGUUACGGAUGCCCCCCCCCCCCCCACCAGGGCCUUUGCUGGGAAAGCUGCCCGCUCAGCAACAGAGGCACUGCCCAGGCAGUGUGGCUCGCUUCCACCUACACAUCACCUCCCUGCCUGGGACCCUGCAGAGAUGAUGAAAAGAAAACUUACCUGCAGGGGCUGCCAGCAAAGUGAGGUUUUCCGCGCUCACACUCCUGCCCGUGCGGUCACCCAAGGGGCUGGGCAGCGGUGAGGUGGACUUGUUGCCAGUGUGGGACACCAGGGAUCAGUUUGUGCUCAAACUCCAGUGCUGACCCUGGACGCCCAUGUGACUUUGCUCUCUGUUACAUGUGCCUCAGUUUCCCCAUCUAACCCGGAUCAGGCGGGGAGGGGCUGUGCCUACCUCACUGGGUUGUUGUGGGGCCUGUGGUGCUGGUCUGAAUGAAGGAUGAGCGUUCCGAGUGCAGGGCCGCCACGUGGCAGGGUCUGAGUGCACGUCCCAGGCUGCUGCUCAGGCUUUGCGUUUGUUUCUGUGAGUAAAUAAAAGUGUCUUUGAAGGUGAACCAAUUGAGGGGCUUUUCCCUUCACUCUUUCUCCCCUAGAAUAGUCCCAAGCAGUGUGUGUCAAAAAAGAAUCCAUGUCUCCACUCUGAUGUGAACAAAACCCCAGGGCUACAGGAGAUUCACCUGACUCUGGAAUGAGGAAUAACAAUGCUCGGGAGAGUUUACCUCUCCUCAGAUGUGUGCUUACCUGUCAGUUAAUGUAGAUUUUUCCAGCACGGAGAGAAUCUCCCCACAGAAAUCCAUGGGCGCUAUUGGGCUGGAGGUGGAGAGGUGGGGGAUGGCAGGGGCUGCCCGGCUGUAAGUGCAGAGAGGCAGCGAGGAAAUUCAAGGGCGCGGGAGGGUCAGUGAGGGUGACGGACGGGCAGGUGGCCAUUUGGUGGGCCACCUGUGGACACGACAGGCCUGUCCAAAGCCAGGUAGCCCUCACUGGUUCUUGCUUCCAGAGCCCACCAAUUUCAAAUCCCCCAGAGCAGCGUGACCUCGCCCCCACCCCGAUUUGUCCAUCUGCCUGACCCUCCCACCCUUGCUCCCGCAUGACAUGACCUGACACUGUUGGGGAUUCGGCACCAGCCAUGGUGUCACCUCUCCAAGGCAGCCCCCCGGCCUGUGGGGUGGGGCUGGGGCAUCGGCCUGCUCCUCAGGCCCCAGCUCAGAGAGCUCUUUGUCUUACCUGCCCUUUGUCUGACCCUCGCCCAGACUACCCCCUUUCCUGUUCCUCCCUGAAGGGCCAUCAUGCCUGCCAGCCCUGCUGCUAAUCCGUGAUAAAGUCUUUUUUCUCUCAAAAACACUAUUAGGAUUGUAAGGAACAGCCUCUUAUGAACUGUUGUACAAAAUGUUUGAGAUAAACUUUUUUUUUCAGCCUUUACAGGAGGCUUUUUCAACAAUGCUGAAAAGCUAUCUGGAAUAAUCUUUAAAAAUUGGUCCUGAAGAUCAAGAUCCCUUUAAAAAAAAGUUUUCUGCUGUUUAGUAUGUUUACCUCAUGGUUUUCAGAGAUAUUUUUAAAAUAUUUUAAUUUUCUCACACUGUUCAGCAAAUGUCGACUGCUAGUAACAUUGCAGGGUGAUGGCAAGGACCUGGUUUAGAGUCUUCGCUGUGGAGGGAGAUACUAGGGGAGACGGAGCAGUGAUGGCUUUACUCUUCUGCUCAGCAAAGGGAUGUGAACUGCACCCCAAAAGAGAAAUCUGCUGUUUUUAUCUAGUGCAUGUUCAAGUGCACACACUGGGCUGUUCCGUCCUAUUAGGGCCCUGCAGGCCCCUGACUCAAGUGAAAGAUGAUUUUGCUUUGGGAUAAGUUAUUCUUGGUGGUAAAAUUUCAGACCACUUAGGAGUAAGGACAAGAAACAUAUAAGAGAAUGUCAGGCCCAAAAUACACCCACGCUUUUGAUGCCAGCAGCCCUGAGGACCGUCUUGGAAUAAAACCAAAUAGCAUUAGUAAGUGCGAUGAGCACAGCAGCUUCCAAUUCCACCAAGCCCACCACUCAUUGGCUGUUCUGACUUUAUCUCUCUAUUUCCUGAUCUAUAAGGACUUGGGCAGAUGGUGUCUAAGGCCCUUUCCACCUUAAUUUCUGUACUUCUUAAACCCAUAUGCAAACCUUGGUUGUAAGCUCUAAAUCACUUUGAAUCCAACACCAAGGCUAGUGAAACGCCAGCCCACGAGAGGGUGUCCUGCGUGUAAGGGGGAGUCCAGGGUUUUAGGUGGUUGUGGGGCUGGGUGGGUUUGGUUGUGGAUCCUGGAAAGACUUGAACAGAUUUUCUUUUCCAGCUAGUUAGAAAAGGAGCUUUCUAAAAGGCUAGUCAAAUUCCCCUGACAAGAAGCUUAGUAGAAAGCUGUCAGCCAGGCCAGAAGCUCAGCCUCUAAGCUUGAGGAAGCCGUUUGAGAGGAUGCCCUUGUGACAGAACCAACUCUGGAACUUGAUUCUUUUCCAUGGCUGAACCCCCUCCCUGUGACUUCCCUUCAGGGGUUAAAGGCUCAGUAUGAGGUGGUGGGGAGAGCCCCACAGAGCCCUGACAGCCCGGGCCAGACAGAGACAGGAGUCUGCUGGCCCUGUCCUGUUCAGUGCUCGGCAGCCCUGUGCCCUCACUGGGUGCAAACCCUGUUCGGCACAAGUGCUCUGGGUCUAUCAAUCCUGCCAUUUCCUUCCUGGAAUUGACCAAAAACCCAGUGGUCUGUGGGAUGAUGCCUCCUGUGUCCCUGACCCAUGAGGUUCCACUGCCCCAGAGGCCCCAUCCACUGCUGCGCCUCUUGGGUGGCCGGACUUGAUUUCUCCAGCUGCACUCGCCUGUCCACGGGGCGGGAAGGGCAUCCCACUGGCUCCUGCACAGGUUGAGAGACCAUCCAGUCAUCCAUCUUCCAUUGCACCAACACCCCUUCUACCCCCAGUCAAUAUGUCUCUCUCCGAUGGGAAAGUUAAUAAAUUUUGCUCUAGAUUAAAAGUAUUGAUCAUUUCAUUUGUAAACGAUAAAUAAAAAGGGGGAACUUUUCAUUGCACCAGGGGUAGCGUCUGGUGUAUUUUGCUGGUGAGAUUGCGCUAGCUGCAAGCAGGGUGGGCUUCUCAUAUGCAUUCUGGCUGGCCGGCUGCAUUGAUUUCCUAUUAGUCUCCCAGCACCACCCAGUAACACAUCAUUUCAGUACCUGCUAUUAAUGGUCUUUUGAUAAAUAAUCACUUGUAAGUCAAUAAAUUUUUAUUAAACAGUG